CCCCCUCCACUCCGCCCCCGCUCUGCGGGAGGACGCGUCGGAGUGUCUGCCCGUCUCUCACACCGUCGCCAUGAGCCGCCGGGCCUCGGUCACCGAGUGCCUCCGGGACUGGGAGGAGCUGCAGGACGGCUUCCAGCGCGUGCAGGAAACUCACAAGCUAUACAAACAGAAGCUGGAGGAGCUGACAAAGCUCCAAGAUGGCAUCUCCAGUUCCAUCUCACGACAGAAGAAGCAACUGAAAGAACUCUCUCUGGCUCUUAAGAAGUGCAAGUCUUCUCUUCCUGACCAGGAGCAGAAGGAGGAUGCCCUCAAGGAAAUCCAGAAUAUGAUCAAAGAGAGACAGAACGCUUUUUUUGAAAUGGAGGCCUACUUGCCAAAGAAGAAUGGGUUGUACCUGAGUCUCGUGUUGGGGAAUGUGAAUGUCACUCUGCUGAGCAAACAAGCCAAGUUUGCUUAUAAGGAUGAGUACGAGAAGUUCAAGCUCUACCUCACCAUCAUUUUGCUCAUUGUCUCCUUCACCUGCCGCUUCCUCCUUAACUCCAGGGUAACUGAUGCUGUCUUCAAUUUUCUCCUGGUCUGGUAUUACUGCACGCUGACCAUUCGGGAGAGCAUCUUGAUCAACAACGGUUCUAAGAUUAAAGGCUGGUGGGUGUUUCAUCACUACAUUUCCACCUUCCUCUCAGGUGUCAUGCUGACUUGGCCAGAUGGCCUUAUGUACCAGAAGUUCAGAAACCAGUUCCUCACGUUCUCUAUGUAUCAGAGCUUUGUCCAGUUUCUACAAUAUUAUUAUCAGAGUGGUUGCCUGUACCGGUUGAGAGCUUUGGGUGAACGACACACCAUGGAUCUCACUGUGGAGGGUUUCCAGUCAUGGAUGUGGAGAGGCCUCACUUUCCUGCUUCCUUUCCUCUUCUUCGGCCAAUUCUGGCAACUGUUCAAUGCCAUCACACUCUUCCAGCUGGCCAGGCAUCCAGAAUGCAAAGAAUGGCAGGUCCUGAUGUGCGCCCUCCCCUUCCUCACCCUCUUUAUUGGCAACUUCUUCACGACAUUGCGAGUUGUUCACCAGAAAUUCCAGGAUAAGGCCAAGACGGAAUGAGCUUCAAGUGCCUGUCCCCCUUCCCGGCUAUCCUGCCAUCUCACUGUUGGAGGGAGCACUAGCAUUCUGCUGACCGAACGAUCUACGUCUACAGCACACUGGGCAUUUCUCUCCUCUUCCUGCCCUCCCUGUGAUUCUCUUGCAAACAGAUGUAAAUGAAGCCAGGUGUGAAUAGUGCUUCUGCCGCCAGCCUGAGACCUUCCUGCUGCCAAAAGGAACUCUUGGACUUCAUCAGGUGUGAGAUUCAAGGAUUAGGGUAAAGUACUAUAUGAGGAAUUCAAGUGACUCUUGGAUACAACUCCCAGCUGACACCUGCAUGACGUUUGUACCUUUCCCCCAAAGCAGGGGCCUGCUAAUUCCCAGAGCCUGUCUACCCAAACUGAGUCACAGGAAAAGGAAGGGAGCAGGUUAAACCUGGCCGUCUCAUGUUUAGUACGGAGGAUAUUAACUGUAUUACUGGAGGCAGAUUAUACGGGCAAUGAAUGUUGUCAGCAUCAUCCUGAGGCAUCAUUCCUCCUGGGUUGGUUCUUUCCUCCCCAUCUCCAGAAAUGUUACCCUAUUCUAGAUUUCUUCCUCCUUAUGAGUGGGUGGAGGGGACAGUUCCCCAGCUAUGCUUUCAAUACAGAGCCUGCUUUCCUUCCUCAGUGUAUAUUUUCUGACAAGUCUGACAUGAUAACCAGGGGCUGGCAGAUUACUUUCCACCCCCUCAUUGCAAUUCUCCUCCUGGAGUUGCCUUCUCAGCUCUAGAGCGGCCAAAGACCCAAUGCUCCUGCUCCUCUGCUCUUUUUUGGAACAUGGAUUCACGAGCACCUAAGGACUGCAUCUUGCCAGAAAAGCUGAAGGAUAAAAACCUUUAUUUAACAAUAGUUGGACCAGCAGCAGCAGCAGCAGCAUUUGGCCUCCUCCGAUCUCAGUCCAUAUUGUCAUUUGUGUGUCUUAAAUGUGUAAUGGUUCUAAAGCUGGAAAAAGCUGGCCUACAUCCAAACAUGCAUCGUUGUCUUUAAAAAUGUAUUCUUGUCAUAUUAAGGAAAAAAGGUUGGAAAAUAAAGAAAAUGGAGAAGCCUGGAUCCCUGGCCUUUUUAGGCAAGGGAAAUAGUACUGUAUUAGGAAUUUAAAACUCUGGAAUCUCAAGGAUGUAACUGUUGAGUCUUAACUAUAGUACAUAGAUUCACUUUGUACAAUGCUGGGUUCUGUUAGGAGGGGACUGUACACCAUCAUGCAUCUCAGGCUACAACCCCGUUUUAGGACCGCUGCUGAAUCCCACUAAAAACUUAGUUUAGCGUUCUGCUCCUAGAAUGACCAGCCAGAUGCCACAAGUUGUGAACCUCAGCAAAUGGGAUCCAAAGGGUUCAUACCCUUUUCAAGGGAACUUGAUAAACUCACUGGAACCAAUUAGAUUGAAAACACAUUUGAAGAAAGUGUGAAUCCAAAACUUUUAUUAUUCUGAAUGCAAAGCAUAUCUUUUACUCAAUAAGUGAUUUGGUGCUUGAAUGAAAGGGCUCCUGCAUUGGAGUUGCCUGAACUUUUGGUCUCUUCAUCCAUUCUCCCGAUCUGUCCUAAAUGGUGGCAGGUCAUUAUCAAGAAGGCACCUGAACCUUACUCAAGUGUGGUCAUUCAGAAGAACAUGAAAGGUUGAACUUAACAUAACUGUGAGUUAACACCAAUUACUAUUUCUGUAUUUUCUUACGAGACAGAUCCACAUAGCCAGUUGUAGCAGUCUAGUGUGGAAUUAACACAGCAGAAAUAGUUAGGUUAAUCUAUUCUUGUUUAGGGCUACAGUGGCACAUAAGCAAGAGUUGUAAGAGUCAGACUUGGCCAUAGCUAUAACCAGUAUCACUCCAAGAGAGCAAUGAAUCUAGGAACUCCUCUGUGAUAUUCUCAUGUGUUCCUGAAUAUCCCCAUGAAUGUCCUCUUGCAUCCUAUCCACCAUCCCCUCAUUGUCUCAGUCCAGCCUUCCUCAUCUCUCUUACAAUUGUGCAUACACUUAACAGCUUUCCUGAGAUUCUUGAGAAGUAGAAGAGCUGAACAGCAUCAACCUAUCAACGGCAACAUUGUCCAAAGCACCAGAAUUCCUUUCAGCAGUUUUGUAUGGAUAUUUUUAAGCAAUGUCAUGGUUUUUCCCUCUCCCUUGAAAAACAGAAAUUGCAAAUUCCAUAUUGCAGUUUUGCUGUUUGAUCCCUCUCUUCUGUGCAAUGUGUAGAUAUAGAGAAAUGUGGUACAAGACAAACCAAGUUUAAGCGUACAGAUUGUCCUUGUAGUAGUCUUACUCUCUAUAUGGCUGCUCAUCUACCGGAAAGAACUCUGGGCAGCAGACAAGAAUCAAAACCACAAUAUAAUUAAAACAUUUAAAACAAUACUGAGGCCCUGAUUAGACACGCAUCCCUCAGUUAACUAUACCAUGCUGGUUCCAUCAACCCCCCAGCCCCAAUGCCCAAGGCCAGAGUUGAGGCCAUCUGUAUCUCUGAGGAUGGCAGGGGGAGGCUGCUCCAUAAGGCAAGUGCCAUGACAGAGAAGAUACAGAGAAGACUGCUAUGGCAGUCUUUCCCAUAGACUGACUUCCAGAUGUGCUGGGUUACAGCAGCCAUCACGGAACUAGAUCAUUGGGCAUGUAGGCUGAGGAUGAUUAGCACUUUAGCCAAACCAUGCAGAGACCAGCUAGUUAGGUGAAGCUGCACUGCAAUGAAUGUUACAGAAUGAAGAGGGGGAAGCUUACUGUAUGCAAUGGAGGAAUUAGUUCUGAUAUUAUUUUUAAAACUACUACAUGGAGGAUAAAUACAGAAUUCCCUUUCCACAUUCUUUAGUCACUGAUCGCCAUCACAUUUGCAGGUAAUGGCACAUAAAAUUGGGGAAAAAACCACAAGUGAUUGGAAGAUCUCACUGAAUCCUCCUUCAGCCCUUGAAAUCAUCACAAACCUCAACAGCUCAUCCCUUGAUCCAUCCAUGGGGCUGCCACUGGAGACAACCUGGAAGCUGCAGCUAGUGUAAAAAGCAGCAGAAAGGGAUGGAUAAGACAGCCCAGCCAAUACAAAAUUACACCUACAAUGCAGAAACUGCAUUGGUUGUCAGUUCCAGGCCCAGUUCAAAGUAGUUACCUCUAAAGCCCUAAGUUGCCAGCCCAGGACAGAACUGCUGGAAGUUUAAGAGCCCCCACCUGGUGGAAUAUUCUCCCCACACACAGGCCCCACCUUGCUGCCAUUCGAUGCACAAGUUAAGCUAUUUGAUUUCAAUGUACUUUUGGUCCCAAUUGUGAGUGCCUAUCCUGGGUUUUAUUUGGAGUUUUUAUCUUUGCUUUUCUUUGUGGUUAUUGUUUGUUCUUGAUACUCAUUUGGAUUUAGUUAUUUAUGGCUAUGUUGUUGGUGAUGAUGGUUUCUUUAAUGUUGAGUCCUCUGGGACUGGGAGGUUUAUACUGUAAAAUAAAUAAAAUAGCAAGAAAGGUAAAACAUAGUACUGAAGAGAAAAUAUAUUUGCAUGUUUAAAAAACAUGACAAGGUGCAGGAUUUUAGACUGAACAUGUUCAGCCCUGAGAACAGGACUACGAAGCAGCAUUUGUAGAAUCUGCAGUGAUGAGCUUUAGAAGACAAUCUACCUGCAGAUGUUCACCAGAAUAGCAAAAUAUAAUCUCCCAGUGGAUGCUGAUCCUCCACUGGGAGGUGAUCCAUACAAGAUGUAUUGUGACCGAGGACAGAAGCACUACCUUGUAACCAGCAGAUGCUGGCAUUCUGGUGGAAAUACACCCUAGAAAAAAUGUCCCAAACUGUACUACAGUAAUAGAACUUUUCAGAUGAUUCAUUCGUCCGUCCGUCCAUACUUCCUUUCAUUUUACACAAUUUGUCUACCACUUCCAUCCUAGUAGACUCUAGGCAUUAAGUAAAUUGCAAAAAUAAAUACUGUAUGCUAGAGAGAAAAGAGGUACACACUGGCUCACCCACAGCCCUAGAAAGUUAAAUUAUAACCAAAGGAUAAAUAAAUAAAGUUGGCUCUUAUGAAGCAAAGCUUCCUCACCUUCUGAUUUAACAGCAUGGCUUCAGCUACAAAAACUCCAAUCUCCCUUUCCCGUAAAAGUCCACACAGAGUCAGAAGAGGCAGAACGAAAGAAUCGGGGUUAUUUUAUUUCAAGAACAAGUCUCCUUAAAAUUAUGUACAAUCAGCGGACAGACUGCUUGACCAGUUUCCAAAUGCACACAUGUCAUUAGGCGCCAGACAGCAGCUUCAACAGGGAGAGUCAAGUGAUGGGAGGCAAAUUAGUGUCCAGAAGAGCAGCACAGGACUGAAGUUGUCAGAGCUAGGAUCAGCCUCAGUCCAGGAUCUCAUCCAGUUAGGAACAAAGCAAGGGAGAAACAGAAGG